UUCCUCACUUUCACUGACAUUAGUAAUUUUUAGAUUUCAGUGAAUACUUGUUAAUUUCAUGCAUCUGUAAGAACUAGUUAUUUGUACUUUGUACUAUAAAUAUCGUUUAAGUACUCGAAAACUGAUAUUAUGGCAUUUGUAAAAAGCAACUUGUUAUUAUCAAAAUACAAGCAAAUGUAUUCAUAUUUCAUUUCUGGCAUUAAAAUCGUAAGAGAAGAGUCCACAGUAUCUCCAAUCAUAAAAACUUUUUCAAUUUAUCGUUUUGAUCCGGAAUCUUCAAAGAAAAAGCCACGUAUGCAAAAAUACCAAAUAGAUACAAAUAAUUGCGAAUCAACAGUUUUGGACGUUCUGUUCAAAAUAAAGAAUGAAAUAGAUCCUUCUUUGACGUUCCGUCGAUCAUGCAGAGAAGGUAUUUGUGGUUCUUGUGCCAUGAAUAUAGAUGGAUUAAAUACUCUGGCUUGCUUACAUAAGUUCGACCCUAACGACAAAAAUGUUGUCAAAAUAUACCCACUUCCACAUAUGUACGUUAUAAAAGAUUUGGUGGUGGACAUGGACCAAUUCUUCGAACAGUACAAAUCCAUUCAACCUUGGUUGCAAAGAAAAAUCGAAAAGUCAACUGAUCGAAAGCAAAUCCUGCAAAGCGUUGAAGAUAGAAAAAAAUUAGAUGGUUUAUAUGAAUGCAUUUUGUGUGCAUGUUGUACAACUUCAUGCCCAGAGUACUGGUGGAAUGGUGAAAGAGGAUUUCUUGGUGCGUCAGUUAUUUUAAAUGCCUAUCGUUGGAUUAUUGACUCUCGAGAUGAAGCUACAGAGAAGAGAUUGGAUAUGAUGAAAAACAAAGUUUCAAUAUACAAGUGCAAAACAAUCAUGAACUGUACAUUGGCAUGCCCGAAACAAUUGAACCCAGGAAAAGCUAUAGCUGAAGUCAAAAAAUUGGCGAGUGGAUUAGUUAAAAUCAAGCCACCAAAAUCGCCCCAUUAAUUAAG